AUUUUCAUUUGUGGCAUAAUCCAAGGUGAGCAUUCUAUGUCACAAGUUACUGACGGUGGGAAAUGUCUUUAAUCUAGAGGAGCAGCUGCACUUUUACCAGGAACAUGUUGUUUGAGUGUGUCGGUGCAGGUUUGCUCGUGUCAUAGAUCCAUCCCUUCAUUAUCUACACCACAAAUGCUUAGUGGGUUGCAAGGGCGGCUGGAGCCAAUCCCAGUUGUCCUUGGGCGAGAGGUGGGGUCCACCCUGGACAUGAUUUAAAGUCUCCAGUUAACCAAACCCCAAUCUGCAUGUCUGAGUGUGGGAGGAAGCAAGAGAACAUGCAAACUACACAUGAAGACCCUGGUCCUGCACCACAAGGCACAUGGUCCCUGGGUUCUUCACCUAAAGCUACAUGUGCACUAGUUUUUGUUUUUAAGAAUCCGUGUGUUUUUAUUUCCUGCAGAAAAAAACGGACUAAAGCAAACACAUAGUCUCCUUUGUCUGUCAGUGUCGUUAGUGUAAAAUAUCACCAUCUUCUGUCUAAUCUCUGUCUGUGUCUCACAUAUCUCUUCACACUUUUCAUGUGUAUUGUUAAAGGCCCAGUGAAGUGCAGUGUUGAAUUUGGUGCGAUUUGGACAUGUGAGAGGUUCAGUAUGAAUAAACGUUGUGUAACAGGAAGCCAGCGCUCUGUAGCCGCGGCGGCUGGGACUCUACGUAAGUGACGUUGUUGCUUGUUGGUCAAGACGGAGGCUGAUUGUCCAGUUCAGGCUCUGUGGACUGAGUUGAGCUUCUCUGAACUUCACCAACAGGUCCAACUGUGUGUCCUGCUGGAGUCCAGCAGAGAGCUGAUGUCACAGGGAGCCCUCUGCCCUAAACUGCUGUGGCAGGAGUACAGGAGGGAUCAGAGGCUCCCAAAGCUGGAGGUGCUGAACCAGCUUCACUGUUUCAGCUUCCUCUCUCUGAAGUACAUUUUAGAGAGUGAUGACGGUGUGAGGGUUUGGUUGGUGUCUCGGUUGAAGGCUCUGUGCAGCUGGACGCCUCCACGGGGGGAAGAGGAGACCAAACAAGUUCAACUCAGAGUGUUGUCAACGGUCGUUGGCGUCCUGGUGGGAUGUGGCUUUGAGCUGAACUCUGAACCAGCAGCUCCAGACCAGAGGAGGACCUCUCUCCUCUGCUGCUCACUGCUCGAUGAGAUGCUCUUCUGGCUUCUGGACACUGUGGACAAGAGUCUGACUUCACAGUCUUCUGGAGCAGGACCUGGGCUUUGGAUUCAAAUAUUUGACGCUUCAUUAUGUGGAGUUUCAGCCUCAGCCGAGGCCGUUCAGCGUUUCUUCACACACUCCCUGACUCAGGCUCUGACUUAUAAGCCUCGGCUCACAGUGUCAGACGCCGUCACUCUGCAGAGCGACUGGACCUUUGCGAAAGCCGACCCGUUGUUGAUGUCUCUUUUCCGUAAGCUGGCUGUGAUUUUCAGUGUGGAGCUGCUGCUGCGUCACCUGCAGCAGGUUCUGGAGACUCACGAGGUCAACUGGAAACACGUCCUGUGCUUCCUGUCCACGCUGCUGGUUUACAACCCCUGUGCUCCGCCCAGCCUCAGAGAGCUGCUGUCCCGGCUGCUGACUUCUGCUUUUGAAGGCUAUGACUUGGAGCACAUGAUAACAGCCUUCCUGUUGGCUCGGCAGGGGGCGCUGGAGGGAGCCGGCGUCUUCUCCUCCUACAGUGACUGGUUCAAGAUGUCGUUUGGUGGCAGCAGUGGCUUCCAUGCAUCGAGUAAGAAAUCUCUGGUGUUCCUGUUGAAGUUCCUCUCGGACCUGGUUCCUUUUGAGCCCCCGCAGUACCUCAAGGUUCAUAUCCUCCACCCUCCGUUCAUCCCUGUGAAGCACCGCAGCCUCCUGAUGGAGUACAUCUCUCUGGCCAAGACCAGGCUCGCUGACCUCAAGGAGUCGGUGGAGGACAUGGGUUUAUAUGAGGAUAUUUCUGGUGCAGGUGGAGCAUCAGGAUCAACACAGCCCCAGUGUCAGGCCGUGCAGGAUGUGGAGAAGGCCGUGUCUCUGUUUGACAGCACAGGAAGAAUCUCUGCCACGGUCAUGGAGGCCAGUAUUUUCCGGAGGCCGUAUUUCCUGACUCGAUUCCUUCCUGCUCUGCUGAAGCCAAGAGUGCUUCCUGUGAAGGCUGAUGCUCGGAUGAGUCUCAUAGAAGCUUUGAAAAAAGCGGAGAAGCUCCCUGCCGCCCAGUACUCGUCUUACGUGGAGUCCUGCCAGAGGCAAAGGCGACAGGAUAGGAGUGUCGUGUGUUUGGACGCCGCUGAUGAUCCUCUGGAGGUCCUGGAGGUUCAGCUGCAGGAGUUCAGAGGGCUGGUGGUUGAUGGAAAUGAUGGAGACAUGAUGGCACAGCUGUCCAGGAUCUCCCACACGCUCUGUGUCGUCUUCCCUGGUCGUCCCGAUGACCUCAUGGAGCAAACUGUCAUCAAAGUUCACGUAGACGCUCGUCUGUCCCCUGAGCUACAUGUCAAAGUCAUCAACAUGAUCCUCAGAAACUUCUGCCAGUGCACGUUAGACGCUUCUCGAGCAAAUCCCCCUAAUAAACAGAACCUGUGGGCCUCCAGGUUUGUCAGUGUGCUGCCUGGUAACACACAGUUGAUCUGCAGCCUCGUCCACAGACUCUGGGACCUAUUUCAUAACCAGGGGUCAUCGCUGAGCGCCGCCCAUGUGCUCGGUCUGGCAGCAUUUGUAGUCCACCUCCACGGCUCCGUGUCCCACAGCUCUCUGAUUCAGCUGGUCCCACCCAUCCUGCCCAAACCAGUGCCUGUUGGAGAAGCUGUGAGCGCAGCGCUGGUGUGCAGCACACACACUGACAUGCUCUUCUGUGUCAGGUUUUGUGUGGCAGCUGUGUGUUAUGGGAUCUGCAGAGGACACUCGCUGCCUCAGCAGCAGCAGGACUACGUUCCCAGCAGCUUCUAUAAGAAGCUCCUCUAUCUCAUCCCGAGACUGUUGCCCGAGGCCAGAAGGACGGCCGUCACUGCUGAAGGUGCUGUGGGUGAAUCCCCGGAGAAGAACCUGUGGAGCAGCGCCACAGAUGCCGGCGCCACCUGGAGGACGACCGCUUGGCGCCUGUGGAGACACGCAGCUUUUCACCAGCUACAAGACACACCACAGUAUCAGCUGUCGUUCUCUGAUUGGCUGGUUAAUGAGCUCCGAGUGCAGAGAAGUGAGGACGCCCUGUCGGACCCAGAGCGUCAGGAGUACCAGCAGUGGGCCUGCCUGGAGCUUUUCUUGCCUCGUGCGGAGGAGCAGGGCGGCUGUGGAGGAGACAUGAGGAUCCUCUGCUCUCGUCUCCUCGAUGCCGUCAUGGACCAGCAGUUAAAGGACCAGAGUCUGGAAAAGCUGCAUCAGCGAGCAUCAGCCACCGGGACGUGUCUGCCAGACAUCAUAUCCAGAUUACAGGAGUUUGUCUACGAGAUGGAAGUGACCGGACUCUCUGGCAGCCGGAGUGGAAGAGCUGACGUGUGUGACUUCCUGUUCGAGUUCAUUUCUCGGAGAUGCUCCUCGACAGUGAGCUCGGUUUCCCCGUCUGUCAGCUCGGAGCUCAGCCUGCAGCACACGCUGAACACAUGGAACAGAGUCCUGCUGGCUCUCCCACCGCUGCUGUUGGUGAAGCUGAAGGUCGAAGGAGGGCGGACGACUCUGGACUGCACCACGCUGACGCAACACGUCAACCAACAUCAGCGGAAGGUGUGUUCUCCUGCCGGCCUGAUGUCCUCCCAUCUGACAUCACACCUCCUGAGAGGUGUGUUAUCUGCCAGUGUGUCCUGUGGACGUCCCAGGGAGGAAGUCAACAAGGCCUGGACUCAGAUCAGUGUCCACUGUCCUCUGCUCCUCACCUCUGCUGUGCGCUGGUGGGAGCGUCUGUCUCCAGUGCUGUCGUCACUGUGGAGUCGUGUGUGUGAUGGGGAGCCUCUACCGGAGCAGCUGCAGCUCCUCGCUGACUGUCGUCACUGGGCUCACAGUGUUGCACGUUGCCUGUCGCCGCCGCCGAUGCCUCCGGCUCCAGCUCUGCUGUUGGCCUCCAGCCUUCAUCGUGCCUGGCGAGGUCGUGGGGGGGGCAACCAGAGCUUCGGCGCGGCCCUGAACAUGCUGCGACCAGAGCGGGUGUCACAGGACAGACAGGUGCUGGUUUUUCUGCUCUUCCUCUGUGUGAACGACCAUCUGUUGACGCUCUUGUGCCUGCAGGAGAAAAGUGAUGAAGAAUCUUUGAGUUUGUGCUCCGACCUUCUGUGUGUAUUGGUGGACUCUUCUGAUUGGCUGCUCAUCUUUAAAUCAAGUGAACAAGGUGUGUAUCAGUCAGUUACCAUGGUGACAUCAGAUGAGUUUACUCGACUGAUGCCGUGGGCUUUCUACAGCCUGCUGCUCCAGCAGAGUGCUGAGCUGCUGCAGAGAGCGCUGCGUUGUCCAGGGUUCCUUCAAGCUGCCGUCCUCUGCUACACCAGCCUGCUGCAGCUCGUCCUGGACGGACACGCGCCUGCAUCAGCCGCCGAGCCCCCUGAGAAGCAGUUGGAUCCGUCCCAGAUUCUGAGCCAAGCCAAGAGGUUUCUUCUGAGAGUGAUCUCACAGACGUCUGCUGCCGCUCUGUCCUCCGCUCAACUCCGACGGCUGGAGUCACAGUGUGCAGAUGUGGAUCCAGAGGUGGCGGCAGCGCUCUCCGUGCACCUCGGUGCUCCGAGCCUCAGCCCCGAGAUGGACUUCCUCUGAACACAACCAGUCCCUGUCCCACAGCUCAUGUACCCGUGCAGCAGACCUGGACCGGAACCCCCUGCCGUCAUCUGUCCUGGUCCUGCUGAACCACCUGACCGGUCAGAGUGAUGGUGCGCUGCUCAGAAUAUGGCGGAGGCGGCUGCGGUUGCUGCUGCUGGCUGAUGCCUCUCUGAGCCUCGGUCUGAAUCACCGGGUGGACCAUGGACAUGUGGACGUUGAGGUUGUGGGCCUUCUCGAAACGCUUCCCGCACAUCAGGCAGGCGAACUCCAGGUCGGCCUCUGCCUUGUGUUUGGUCAUGUGGUAUUUGAGUGACGCUCGCUGGCGGCACUGGAAGCCGCACACCUCACACCUGCAGGAGAGAGAGAAUUUAAAAACCUGUUUUGUUUUUAAGACUCACGCUCCUGGUUUUAUACAUUCAGUUUAGUUUCCUCUUCAUGAGGAUCGAGAGCCACAAAUUCAUUAUUAGCUCCAUGAAGCAGGUUGUUUUCACCUCUGUCUGGUUAACUACUAACUGGAGAAGCAGUUUUAUGGUCUGCUGCACUGCAUUAUGGGUAUUAACAGAGUCUGGCCCAUACUAGGACAGUCAAGUUAUAAUGGCCUCUUCAUCUUUAACUUUGAGCAAAUCAGUCAAAUUUGAAAAAUGGCGCAUGAAAGAAUCAGUUACUUUCAUGAAGGUGUGAUAUGAUGAAUGAGGUUUUAAGGCGGCGCUACGUACUGCAGCGGUUUGGCUCCUGAAUGUCUCAUCUGGUGAACGGAGAGGUGCUUCCUCUGUUUGAAGGUCUGACCGCACUGGUCACAAAUGUAGUUCCUCUCCUCUGGAAAACAGAGACAAACCCCGGACAUGACAAACGCUCGAAUGACUAAAAGCUAAAAGCUGGAGUCUCUGAGUCGGCCUCACCUGUGUGGAUGAGCUUGACGUGUCGCUGCAGGUAGCGGUCGAUCAUGAAAACCUUGUUGCAGCCGGGAUGAGGACACGGCCGCUCUCUCACCUCCUCGUGAUGCUCCUUGAUGUGCUUCUAAAGAAAUAAACAGCCAGAUACAAAAAGUACAAUUAAAAACAACCAACAUCAGCUAAAUACUGGUUUAUUAUUGGCUUUUAUUGGUUUAAAAAUAUACAAAGUCUUGUGUAUGGUUCAUUCUAAAUGUGAGUAAUGUUAAAUAACUGAAUGUGUAUCAGUUAUGUGAAUACUGACCUUCAGACCAUCCGGAGCUCUAUAAACUGCCGUGCAGCCCUGAUAAGGACACUUGUAGAUGUUGGGAAGCUCCUCUCUUUAAAUAAAAACAACAGUUAAUGUGCGUUGUGUUUAUCUGUAGCGGUUAAAUUCAACAAACCACCUUCAAUCUGCUGAAAUAAAAUACACAUUCAAACAUUACA